GCGGCCAAUGUAAAUCACAGCAAGACACGGAGGAGAGAGAGAAAGAGAGAGAGAGAGAGAGAGAGAGAGAGAGAAGAGCAGCAGCUGCCGACCGACCAGCCAGCCUCCUCUGCGGGACAACAAAGGAGGUGCCGGGCUCACAUCACGACUCCUGUCAGCACAACUCAGCAUCUGAAUCGUGACCACUGAGAAGAAAUCUUGAAUAUUACCUACAUAUUCACCUUUAGCCCUAAUUUGACUGGACGACAUGGAGGAACAUUUUGACGAGAGGGACAAAGUGCAACGCCAUAGCCGAAGCGCAGGACGGGCGAACGGGCUGCUCAGCCCCACUCACAGCGCCCACUGCAGCCUGUACCGGACGCGCACCCUCAAAACUCUGAGCUCGGAGAAGAAGGCGAAGAAAGUGCGCUUUUACCGCAAUGGUGACAGGUACUUCAACGGCAUAGUGUAUGCCAUCUCGUCGGACCGAAUUAGAACCUUUGACGCUUUGCUGGCCGACCUGACCCGAACCCUCUCUGACAACGUCAACCUGCCCCAAGGGGUCCGAAUCAUCUACGCAAUCGAUGGUUCCAAAAAAAUCACCAGUAUAGAUCAGCUGGUGGAAGGUGAGAGUUAUGUGUGUGGCUCCACCGAAGCCUUUAAAAAACUUGACUACUCCAACAACGUCAACCCUAACUGGUCUGUGAACGUGAGGGCCUUGGGUUCCAGCAAGUGCCCAACAUCUCUAGCAAGCUCGAAAUCAGGACCGCAGUCCAAAGAGGGCAAAGACUUCAUCAGACCUAAACUGGUCACUGUCAUCCGCAGUGGGGUGAAGCCUCGGAAGGCAGUUCGCAUCCUGCUCAACAAGAAGACGGCCCACUCCUUUGAGCAAGUUCUCACUGACAUUACAGAUGCUAUAAAGCUCGAUUCUGGUGUUGUCAAGAGGAUCUACACCCUUGAGGGAAAACAGGUCAUGUGCCUUCAAGAUUUUUUCGGGGAGGAGGACAUCUUCAUCGCAUGCGGCCCGGAGAAGUUCCGUUACCAGGAUGACUUCCUGUUGGACGAGAGCGAGUGCCGAGUGGUGAAAUCAUCGUCCUAUGGGAAGAUGGGGUCUUUAAACAGAAGCUCUCCCAGGAGUGUUGCCCUCUCCAGACGCAGCAAGUCUCCUUCUGGAUCAGUGAAUGGGACCCCAGCUAGUCAGCUGUCCACACCCCAUUCUGCAAAGUCGCCCAGUCCGUCCCCCACCAGCCCGGGGAGCUUGAAGAAACGCAGGGAAAUGGACAAGGCCAUCAUUGACAGCACAGCUUAACUUCCCCACUUCUUCAAAGUGGCGCUAUGAUCCACAGUCAAUCCUUAGUCUGGGCCAACACUUUUGGAGAUUUUAUGUGCUCUUUCUGUCUCUAGUGGACUUUGAGCUUGACUUCUGCUUGUAGUAGAGCAGCAAUCAUCAAGUAACAUUGAGACCAGGAUCCAAAAUUAACUUUUGCCAUUAUCUGCCAAUGGCGAGUAUUUGAGAAAACUGACCAUAUGUAUCAUAAAUAUUUCUUACCCAUGAGGCUGUAUUUUUCAUGAUUUGUAUUUAAAAAAUAUAUUUUAUUUUGGUUUUUAGCAUUUUUUCCCCUCACAGAUUUACAGGUAGACAAGUUGUGUCACUUGCAGCUUCAUAUUCGUGAUUUUAUUUGUAAUAAUUUCUUUUUUUUUUUUUUACCUAAUGUGAGAAAUAUCCUGAUAAGUGUCACCACAUGGAGUUCUGAAGAAAAAAGACUCGUGCAUUAGAUUUUUCCUAAAUUUUUUCACUGAAGUACAAGUCAGUUAAAGACAUGCACAUUUUUAAUUGAUUGAAUCGCUCGCAUCAUUGAGAAUAUGACUAUAGUUCUUACAAUUUGUUUCAAAUCAUGUAAUAUACUACGGUUUCUAAUAAUAUUACCUGCCCACUGGCGAAUAAUGUUUUAUUUACUCACCAAAACCACUUUUUACUCACAUUUGGUGCUUGGCGAGUGCUAAUUUUGGAUCCUGAUUGAGACUGAUUGAGAAAGAGAAAUUGCAUGAUACAUGCUGUUAAAGGAACAUGCAACUCACCAGUAAGUGUUUAUUUAUUAAUUUUUUUUCCCACCAAGAAACGCAUUACCAUUUGGUUUCAGAGGCCAGUUUGUGUGUGAGUGGGAGGAGUUUGUGCACGUGACCAGAUCAAAGUGUCUCUAAUCCUGCAAUUGAUAGACUAAUGCAAAGAGGUUUAAUGCAGUAGAAACUUCUCCUACCCAGUCCAGAGUUUCUCUCUUAGGUUAUAAUAUGAGCCUCAAAUCCUAGUGAUUACUUUGACUGUCUCGCUGUCUAGAGUCUUCCAUUUUCUUCUUAGCUCUCCAUGACUAAAAUGCACUACAGCAUCCAAAUGUUCAAACUGUUGAGCUUUUGAGACUCUUCAGAUCCAGCUGCAGGCAGUUAAAGUUCUGUUUUACAGCCAGUGAAAUCACGUGCUGAUAUUGAACCAGUAUAGAUUAAUCAGAAACUCUUAGCCACUAUCAAACUGGAGCUUUCCUCUGACCUUAAAUAGGUUCAGAUGGUGUAGGCUCAUAGAGAAGCGACUGGUUUAAAUUAAAUGUGCAACAUGUUCUCAUUUCUUUCCUUUAGAUAGUGCCUUUCUCUUAAAAGUGCACUUUUGUUAAAAGGAUAAUUCACCCAAAUUUGAAACUUUUGUCAUCAUUUACUCCCCCUCAAGUUGUUCCAAACCUGUAUACAUUUUUAUUUGUUCUGCUGUACACAAAGAAAGAUAUUUGGAAUAAUGUUUGUAACCAAGCAAAUCUAGCCCCCCAUUGACUACCAUAGUAGGAAAAAAAAAAUACUAUGGUAGUCAAUCAGGGGUGUGAUCUGCUUGCUUACAAACUAUCCCUUUAAGGUUAACCCAUAAAGAAACAACAUUAUUAUAUAUAUUUUUUUAAAUCAUAUACACUCAUACAGGAAGAUUCCAGUCAUAUUCAGUACCAUAAUAAAAGCUAGUAGUAUAAUAAACCUUAUUUUACAUGGUUUGCCAUAUUAGUGCCACCAUGUUGAGAUCACAUGACCAGCAGAAUGCUACUCAUUUUUUCUUGGUGACCCUACUAUUAUCGAAUCAUUUCGCUCAGAGAAUUAAUUAAUUGUUUACUACAAAUAGGGUAUGUCUACAGUAGCACUACAGCUGAAAACUGAAAAUGACAUUGAAUUCUCACCAAUAUAAAUAAACAAAAAAAUGUUGACUGCAUCUUUAAGAGAAAGUACAGAUAUGUUCAACUUUUUAUAUUAGAAAUUGUUCCAGAUUGGAAUAGAAUUGGCUAAACUUCCUCUUGUGGAAGAGUCUUGACUUUUAAUGACUCUAAAAGUGACUGAGUCGACGUGCCGGCAGAGAGACAGAGACAUGCUCGGCACUUUGUGUUCGCCCUCCACCCACUAGGAAAGACUCUCAGAUUCUCUUCAUACUUUUCACUUAUCUCGCACCGCAGUCUGAGCUCUUGAAGUUGGAUGAUCUCUCUGCGGUUUGAUUCUGUCAGAUGGCUUUGCUCUCAGCUCAUUGCUGUUGCAGAAUGAGAAUUUGGGACAGUCGGAUCUGCCCAAAGCAGAGACGCAUCUCAGCGUCUUUACAACCAUCUCCUGCAUAAGUGGGUCAGGCUUUGAACCCCACCCCUCCUCCCUCCAGUAGAGUUCUGUGAAUGAAGGAGGGAGAAAAAACAUUUACAUAAAUAUGAUACAAAUGCAAAAGAACUGAAUGUUCUCUCCAAAUGGCUCGGAAGAAGCAGGCAUUUCUUUAUCUGGCUUAUGAAUUUAUAUGAGUCUCCGAAUGUUGUUAUUGCUGCUUUGUGGUUUGGUUAGUCAAUUAGCUUGCAGUGUACGCAAAUACAUUGCUAAUGUGUGUGAUUACAGCAGUUCUCCGCUAGCAUUACAUUCUCCUGAAAAUCCAAAGAUUACCCAUUAUAAUCCAUCUCUGAUUGCUUAUGCUACAGUUUUAAAUGACCUUACUGCUUCCACUUGAAUGAUUUAAACACUGAUCAUUACUACUGAUUUAUUAUUAAUUAGCUUUACCGCUCAAGCCUGGGCUGUGAAUUGGAUUCAACGCAUGACCCACUUUCAGAAAUGAGGCACACAAGAGUGGAGGCUCUAUACUGGGAAUAUAUAUGCGUGUGUGUGUGUGUGUGUGUGGCCUCUGUAUCCUUAGGCAUAUCUCCUUCUUCAUCUCUCUUUUUUCCACGAACCCUCCAUUUCUCUGGAGAAGAAUUUGGAAUAAUUGAUGCUAUGGCGACAAAUACAUUUUUAAUCCAUGUCAAAACACAUCUAAAACAGGAAUGAAACUUGAUUCAUAGUGUGCUAAUCCAUCUCAGUCAGGGUAAACAAGGUGGGAUCGAGAUAAAUGAGGUUACAAUUUCAUUUGUAUCAAAGCUGUGAGAUUAAAUGGAGAUUUUGUUUGUCAGUUUUGUAUGGUUGGUUAACUAGGGAGGCUGUUUUGUGUGUUGCGUAACAUGAAAAGUGAGGCCAUUAAGCUCAGCAUCAUUCUCAAAAUCACACCUGUCUCUCUCUAUCAAAGUUGAGUGCUGUUCAGGGUUGAAUUGAGAAUGCACCUGUUUUCAGAUUUUAGGUAGCAAACAGGAUGCAGAAUUCCUUCUUUUUCUUAUUUUGUUGUUGUGAUGGACAAAGAUUCCUGUUCUUAAUUCCACAUCCUGUGGGCAUGGCCAAUUCAAAUUCAGAUUUUCAUAAAAACACAUUCUCUAUGUAAUGAUGUUCCUCAGACUGUCUGUUGGGUUGCAUGCUCCUCACAUUUUCCUUUGGUGUUUUUUCACCUGUAUUUUUUCAUUUUGGAUGUUUAAAUGACAUUGUGUGUAUGUGUGCAUGUGUUUUCAUUCAUUCCAUAAACAUUGAUUUAAAAAUUAAUAGUCUCAAGUCAAGUGUUUUCAUUUUUGAGUGAGCUAUUCCUUUAACUGGUCACUUCAUAUUCAUUUCAGAAUAUAGACUCCUUGCAUUCUGUCAGAUACCAUGUAAAUAUUACCACUUCUUUUUCUCUGUCUGUGCAGUAGUUUUCAGUCCUCUUGUGUUCUAUUGGUUCUCAUUGUUUUGCUGUUUGUUGUACCUUAUUGUUUCUGCUCAGUUAUAUUGUCCUGUAUAUCUUUGCUUUAUUGUCAAUCAUGCAGUUAUCUCUGUUUUUCUAUUAGUUUUGUAUCAUAAUUCUUAGAGGUUUUCAUGUGUAGGAAGAGAAGAUCAUGUCAUUUUCUGGUCAUUGUUUUUAAUGUGUUGUCUAGAAUUAUGUUUAUUUUCCAUAAAGCAUGUCAUGAAACCAUUCCAUCACGCACGUAUGAUUGAAGAUGCUAAAUACAUUAAACAGUAAGUCUCUUUAUCUAA